AUGGUGUCCCCAAACUUUUUAGGCUGCUGCUCCUAUGUCCAUGGCGUCCCGGAGAAGCAAGGUGGCCUGAUAAAGAGCCCUGGUGGUAUCAUCGCGCCUUGUGGUGGCUAUGUUGCUGGGAAGAAAGAUUUGGUUGCUGCAGCUACAGCUCGCCUAUCGGCACCGGGCCUUGGGGUGGAGUUUGGGUCGGCGCCUUGCCAUGUUAUGCGAGCAAUGUUUCAGUGCUUGUUUCUUGCUCCGCAGAUGGUUGGAGAGGCAGUAAAAGGUGGUUUGCUGAUUGCAGAGGUCAUGUCAGCCAAGGGUUAUAGGGUUCAACGACUUCCAAGGGCACCGCUCCAUGAUAUUGUGCAGGUUAAUUUAAGUUCAUCAUUAAUUUGCCUGAAAAAGUAUUUAGCAUUAAUUUACUAG